AUGCAGGACGGGGCCGCGCUUAAUGGAGGAUCAUCGUGCGAUUUCGUUCGGAUUUUGCCAGCGAGAAACUCGCCUCGUGACCAAAACGUGUCCGUUUCCUGUCCAGUAUUUUGCGUGUAUACGCACGCAACAAUAGCGCGCUUUCAACAACGUCGUCACCGAGUCAUUGCGAAGCAAUCCAAGCGGAAUUUCGACAUUUCCAGAGCACGUUCGAGCCAACAACAGAGACGAGGCGAACAGCUGGAAACUCGCCAGAUCUCGCGGCGCAGCUUCACCGUCACCGGUGUUCUCCACCUGCUCGUCCUGGUCGGCCUUUUCACUCUCAGCACGGCCGAGGCACGAACCUUCUGUCCCAAUGGCUGUACUUGCGACGACGACACCCUGGUUGUCUCCUGCGUGGGUGCCAACCUGGACGUAAUACCGAUCGCGCUGAAUCCCAGCAUUCAACGGAUAGUGCUCAAGGAAAACCGCAUCAAGAUCGUGGACGCGGCGGCCUUCCAAUUCUACGGCGAUUUGAAAAACGUGGAUCUUUCCAGCAAUCACUUGUUCACCAUACCGAACGGCAGUUUCGACGCUCAACGACACUUGGUGGAGCUUCACUUGAAGCAUAACAAGAUCUCGGCACUCACUGAGAAAACAUUCCAGGGCCUCAAGUCCCUUACGGUGUUGAAUCUGCGAGACAACUAUCUGGAGACGCUAAAUAGCGGCCUGUUCUCUUACUUAUCGAAGCUCGAGGAGCUCGACCUGGGUCAGAAUCGCAUAUCGAAGGUCGAGCCAGGUGCGUUCCAAAAAUUGGGCACUCUUCGGGUGCUGUAUCUCGACGACAAUCAGCUGCGAGCCAUCCCCUCGCCAGCCUUGGCCCCAAUGAAAGCCCUCGCCGAGCUUCACAUCGGUUGGAACGCCUUCUCCUCGUUGCCGGACGACGCAUUUAAGGGUCUCGAACAAUUGGCGGUGCUGGAUAUCAUGGGCGCCGGGUUGGAUAAUAUUAGCGACGGGGCAUUCCGCGGCCUGAACGCUCUUCGCAGCUUGAAACUAAGCGCCAACAAGCUGCGCGAAGUCCCGACGAAGCAACUGGCGGUGUUACCGCGCCUGGAAGAACUUACCCUGGGUCAGAACUUUUUCACGAUUCUACGAUCAGGCGCUUUCCAAAGUCUGUCGACGCUUAAGAAGCUCGACGUAUCCGGCGCUAAAUUGUUGACCACCGUUGAGAAAGGAGCUUUCUCGGACAAUGCGAAUUUAGAGACUCUCGUGUUGAACAAUAAUAAACGACUGGCUAUUAUGGAGGACGGUUCCCUGGCUGGUUUACCGAAUCUGAGGCAUCUGAUGCUGCGCGACAAUGCCUUUGUCACGUUCUCGGAAUCGCUGGUCGCUUGGAACGAACUGCGUCGACUGGAUCUUAGCGAGAAUCCGUUAAUCUGCGAUUGCAGUCAGCUGUGGUUAGCCGAGGUACUUGUACCAAGGAAUUCCAGUUCGGUGAUAUGCGCUGAGCCACCCGAAUCCAAGAGUAAACCUAUCAAAGGCAUGACGCCUGAUGAACUGGGCUGCGCCUUCUCGGAUCCGCGCAAACAGGCCCUGUUGGCGACAGUAGGCGCCGCCGGAUUGGCCCUUUUUACUGGUGUUGCUCUGAUUCUGUAUUAUCGAUGUCGUAGGCGCGUGCGAGACGCGCUUAAGGACUACAAGUGGAAGAACCGCGCGAUAUCGCGAAAGGAACACGAAUACCAAAAGACCUUCUCCGAUGAUGAGUAUAUUGUUCGUUCAGCGCACGCCCACCAUCAUCAUCAUCACCAUCAACCACCGCAGUCUCAGCCGGUGUCUACGCAUCAUCAUCAUCACCAUCUUCAACAGCAGCUGCAGCAACAGCAACAGCAACCACAUUCCCAGAUGACAGCCGGUAUCAAACCGAUACCGGUGACGGAACUCACCACUCUCGCCGAGGGCUUCACCUACAUCGACGGCGAGACGGCGCGUCAGAUGCCGCCGGGAACGCUGCCCGUCGCGAACAAUGCUUCCGGUCACCGCGGAGGAGCAGGAGGAGGAAAAGGAGGUGGCGGAACGGGAGGAGGCGGUAGGGGUGUCGUGGAUGACGGCACGGCGUCGCUGAGCGCCGCACCAAUCGACGGGGUCACGUCCAGCGCAGCGAGAUCCCAUUACUCCAGUCAUUCCCUGCGACGAACGCCGCAUUCGCAGCCGCAACUCUCCGCUAGAGAACCGGACGACCGGAUGCGAACCUUGGAGUCCGGACUCCAGAACGGGAUGGUCGGUGGUCGCCAUCAGUCGUCGUCGCCACCGCCGCUGCCAUCCAGGCAUCAGGCCAAUUGCGGUCAAUCCUCGUAUCCUACUCUGCUAGUCAACGGACACGCCACUCAUCACUAUCAUCAUCACGCGAGGGAGCGCGAAAAAGACAGGUCAUCCAUUCGCGAGAGAAAUCGCGAACGGGAUAACGGUGCACCGCCACCACCGCCGCCGCCACCGCCACCGCCUGUAGCAUCGCACCGAUCCGACAAACACCGAGAGGCCCAAUUGGAAAUGGAGUUACGCGACAGCCUCGACAUGGGAGUUAUUGGAACCUACCGAGCGUAGACGAGCGCCGAUGAGGAACGGGAUGUGUGUCACGUUGCAGAUUGAGGAAAUGAGAAGACGCAUCUGCAGUCCGGAAAAUAUAUAAUCGCACUUUCGUGUGAACUCUUCCGCGUUGUUUUACUUAGGACAGAAAAGUUCGCAAUGAGAAUAAUUUAAAGACAAUUUGACGAAGACAGUCUGAAGUUCCUGUCAUCGCAAAGCGCAAAGAAAAGAGAAUUAAUGAAAUGAAAAGAAGACUGAGGAAAUAUUGACGAAGAAUAUCAAGAAGCAAAAAUGAGAGUAAUCGUUAUGUCGAGAGCACCGUUAAAACUCCUAUUCGGAAUAUCUUAUAUUGAUCAUGAUAUCUAUAGAGCCAUUUGAUCAUUGAUAAUGCAAUCAACCGAUUAGCUUUUCUGGGACAAGAUGGUAUUCUAAAAAUUGCGACUUCCUCAGCUCUCAAUGAUUUUUUAAUAAAUUUAUUUUUCCGUGUGACUACUCAAAAGUUAAUACUCUCUUUGCUACCGUCAGGCAUCAUCAUCGUUUCAUGAACCUCCAGAGAAGAAUGGAUUCAACAGACACGGAAAUGACUUUGGCCAGGACUUUUCUCCAGGACUCUUAUCACUGAUGACCGCAAGAUUGUCACAGCCUUGUCAAAGAUGAAUGAUGCCAAACGGAAAUCCCUCGCGGAUGAAAUAACCCAUAGGGAGACGGGAUCCCUAACGACGGAAACGACGGGCCAUCGGUCACGUGGAGUCUGUUGUUCCAUGUGAUACACACUGUCUUAUAUAUACGUGUAAAAAUGCUGAUAUACACGAUAUGAUCGUGUCGAGACCGCCGAGCUCGAUCGAAACUGAAGUUCGAUAGCGCAUCGGUCUACGUCGAGUCACUCUUCGAGAGAUCCGGAGAAUCAAUGUAACGAGUCGUUCGAAUAACGCCGAAAAACUGAGAGCGAUUCAUUUAGAAUCUGUCGAUCUAUCGUCAUCCUAUCGUUUUAUUCGAGAAGGACGCGCGACGAAAACUCAUGUCGCGAAACGUGUAUCAUAAGCGAGAAGAUACUAUACUAUAAAAACGUAGAACUGCAGCUAAAUAAAUAUACAUAUACAGAUAUAUAAAUAAAAAAAAAUAUAUAUAUAU